AUAACUCACGGGUCUCAAUGACCAGAACAAACAGUGGGGCAACACCAUGUAAAGUUCCUCAACUGAUAGCGCUCGGCGUAGGUCAGCGGGUGUUCGUGUUGUUUUUCUGCACAGCUCGUUUGCAAACCUUCUACAACAGCAACACAUUGACUACGACCGUGACCCAACAUGGCCACACCGUUAGCAGGUCAAAUCGUACUGUUUACGGGAGUGGCUGCCUUCAUAAUUCUUCAAGCUUCCGCCCGAAACUCAGCCCAACAGGCGUCGAGUUUCCAAAACCAAGUGAAGAAAUAUCAAGACAGCCGAGCAGAUAUCGUCUUUCUGUUGGACAGCUCUGGAAGCGUCGGAGAGCAUAAUUUUCAGACAGAGAUCACAUUCGUGGAAAACUUUCUCAGCCAACUGACCAUCAGUCCUCACGCCUCGCGAGUCGCCGUCGUGUCGUUUGACGACGUUGCCCGGACCCACAUCGACUACAUUAGGUCACCCAAGAACAAGUGCUCGUUUCUGAGGGAACUGAAGACGGUGAAGUACACUGGAGGGUCGACAAAUGCUGACGACGCUUUCCGCUUGGCACAGGAGCUACUGCGGCCACGGUCUGCCUUCACACAUGAGGCGCCGGUUAAACAAGUGGUGGUCUACCUAACGGACGGCAAGCCGGACAACGACAAAAAUCCUGUGGGCAGGGCCAACAACCUCAAAUCUGUGUACAAUGCAGAGAUAUAUAGUAUUGGUGUCGGCGACAGCCCUAACAAGCAGCAACUCCACGAGUGUGCCACAGACGCGAGCCACGUCUACCUGUCUUCAGACUUCGUGGACGCAAAAGAUCUCACGAAAAGAAUUCGAGGAGACUCCUACUCUAAGAGGUACGAGACUAAUGGCGUGACGUCAGCGGACUGCUCGUCCCCAGGCUGUGGGGCGAACUCCGAGUGCGCAUGCGGGUCGGCGACCGGGGAGUACGAGUGCGCCUGUAAGCCAGGAUACUAUGGAACCGGCAGAGGAGCACCGUGCACCCCGUGUCCGAAAGGCCGCUACAAGGAACUCCUGGCGCCCAGCGUGUCGGGAUGCCCGGGGACCUGCCCGGCUAAGAGCAGCACCAAAGGCACGGCGUCCACCAGUCCCAACCAGUGUGUCUGUAACGAGGGGCAUGAAGGAAACCCAUGGGGCUCAGGGUGCAAACCUGUUCGCUGUGAUCCCAGACUGGAGGCUCCUGAUGGAGGAACCGUGCAGCCAGCAAACUGUAACAACGAGUAUCUCACCACGUGCCAAUUCCAAUGUAACUACGGGUACAAAAUGUUAAGUGGAACACCGGAAAGAACGUGUCACGCCAACAAGACCUGGAGUGGAGCCCCCGUCAUCUGUCAGAGAAUAGAGUGCCAGGGUCUACCUGAGCCGUCAGACGGUCAAAGGGCAUGUGUGACGUCAGACGGUCAACAGGCGACUGGAACAUAUCCUUAUGAAACCACUUGUACAUUCACCUGUAACAAAGGAUACACCUUACAGGGGAGCAAGGUACGGAGAUGCUUACAAGAGGGGAAAUGGGACGGCUCAAAGGCAAAGUGUCUCGUUAAAAAGUGUGACGCCUUACCGAUGGUGGUAAACGCCACCGUGAGUCCGUCCUCCUGUGUUAGUGAGGCCCAGAAGUUUGACACGGCCUGUCAGUUCACCUGCCAAGAUGGCUACAGGAUGGACGGAACUGCCAACAGAGUUUGUCAGGAAGACGGCAGCUGGUCCAACCGACAACCAUCGUGUAUAGAUGACCAGUCGCCACGCCUGGUCAUCGGCUGUCCAGCGGACAUCGUGAACAGUACAGAACAGGGUCAGAACUACCUGACUGUCGACUGGACAGUUCCUGCAGCUGUAGACAACUCGGGGAAGACACCCAAGAUGACCGUGACGCCGGCUGGCAUCAAACCUCCUCACAAGUUUCCCAUCACAACUGGGCUGCCGACUGUUGUCACCUACACAUUCACUGAUGACAGCGGCAUGGCGAGCUCUUGUGGAUUCGAGGUCAACGUUUUGGAUACGGAGAAACCUAAGCUUAUUGAACAUUGUGUGAAUUACAAAGUGGAAACAAACGACGAAACUGUAAAAGUGGACUGGACUGAGCCGGUUUUCACUGACAACUCCAAACAACCUGUGAGAGUGAACUGUGACAAGGACAGCGGACAGCGUUUCUAUUGGGGGACGGCCUGGGUCACGUGUACAGCACGUGAUAGCCACGACAACUCCGCCGAGUGCCGUUUCUCCGUCACCGUAAGCCCUACGUCAUGCCCCCACCAAGAUCCACCAAUCAACGGCGCGCUCUCGUGUGACGACUUUCAGUCCGGUCAGUUCUGUACCGUGCAGUGUGAUCAGCGAUUUGACUUCCACACCGAACCGGCUCGUAUGUACAUCUGUGGGUCUGGGAACUGGAGAACAGAUCCUCACGGCAUGGACACCAAAUGGCCAGAUUGUUCUUUGAAACGAAUUCCAGGGUUCUCCAAAGGAAUCGAGUUCCAGUACUACCUUGGAGACUGUGAGGACGAGGAGACUCAGAAGUAUAUCAAACAAAACUUUAUCGACCUCUUCAACAGCACGGUGUUUGGGAGGUACGGCGGUUGUGUAGGCAACGUGAAAUGUAGAGUGGAGAACGUGGCCCUGUCGUGUAGUGAGGAGGAAGUGGAGGUCCCAGAGGAAGGCGCGGGACUGGACGGACCUUCCAGGAGAAGACGAUCCUUAAAGGAACGGGCAAGACUUCUUACCAUUCGCCUCGACAUCAAGACGCAGUACAAGAACUCAAAGUCUAUACAGGGAGGAACAAAAGAGGUCAAGAAGAAAAUAGGGGAACUUAAAGAGAUCCUGAACGGAGUUGUGGAGAAGGCAAAGCAAGAUGUGCGGACAGGACAGCUGAGUGACAUGGCCGUGACAGCAGGUGAAGGGCGGAGAAGUCAGCUGGUGUCAGUUGCCCGAGUGAGCGGUCCGACAGGAGAAGACGUGGGGAUAAUAGACCUGGACACGGACGCGGUUCUGAGCUGUGACAGAGGACAGAUUCUGAAGGAAGACUUUUGUGUUGACUGCCCGGUUGGAACCUACUACACUGAUGUCAGUGGCGAGGCUACGUGCGACGUUUGUCCGCUGGGCUCCUAUCAGGACGAAGAAGGACAGACCGAGUGUAUCCAGUGUGAGCCGGGAUUCUUCACUGCAGGCAACAACAGCAAGAACGCGACAGACUGCAGGGGUCAAUGUCCACCGGGGGCAUAUUCAGAAACGGGAUUAGAGACCUGCAUGUUCUGUCCAAAGGGCACGUAUCAGAACCAAGAGGGAGCCACUGAGUGCAUCGCCUGUGAGGAGGGCACAACAACGGGAGAAGUGGGCACAGUGGACAAGGACGACUGCAGUGGGCCAUGUGUGCCCGGCAGUUUCUCCCGGACCGGUACAGAUCCGUGUGCCCUGUGUCCAGUCGGCACGUUCCAGCCCGGACAUGGUCAAACCGAAUGUUUGUCCUGUCCUCUGGGCACGGGGACAGACGCAGUGGGGUCGGAAGCGUCCAGCGACUGCGUUGAACUUGACUACUGCCAGUCCUUCCCCUGCCAAAAUGGCGGAUCGUGCAGCAUGCAGGGGUCAGAGUUCAACUGCCAGUGCCCAGCCGGGUUUGAAGGCGACAUGUGUGACGUCAAUGUAGAUGAGUGCGCGGCAAUGCCGUGUUACUCCUUAGCUACCUGCUUGGAUAGAGUUAACGGAUAUGAGUGUGUUUGUGCUUCCGGUUGGGCCGGUGAACGGUGUGACGUCAACAUCGAUGAGUGUGCGCCUGCGCCGUGUUUGAAUGGAGCAACUUGUGUUGAUGAGGACAACGGGUUCCUGUGCCUGUGCGCGGAUGGAUACAGCGGUACGUUCUGUGAAGUCAACAUUGACGACUGUAGUGACAGCCCGUGUAACGACACCGCCGUGUGUGUGGACCUGGUGGACAGUUUCCAGUGCCUGUGUCAGGACGGCUACACCGGAAAAUACUGCGAGGUCGACAUCAACGACUGUGAGGCCGAACCCUGUCAGAAUGGCGGAAUGUGCACGGAUGAAGUUGGAAGGUACACCUGCCAGUGCAAACCUGGGUUUGUCGGCUACAACUGUGAACUGAAUGUGAACGAGUGCGCGUCCAACCCCUGUCUGAACCGGGCACACUGUGAGGACAAGAUCAACUCAUAUCAGUGUCACUGCGCACCUGGAUUUGGAGGGACACACUGUAAAGACGAGCUUUCUUCAGAUUUUGACCUGAAGUUCCCCAAGGGGAUACUGUCCGAGUUCACCUCUGCUAAAAUAGAACCAGAUCUGUCCGCUGUCACUGUCGCCUUCUGGAUGAAGAUGGAUCUGGACAAAAAGGAUCAAAAAUACAUAUUUUCUUACGCAACAGAAAAUGAUGGUGUGGUCCAGGACAAUGCUCUUGUUAUAGAAGUGGACAACUUUAACGAGUUCCUGUUUAUGGUCAACGGAGAGAAGAUCACGACCACCGCUUCAGUGGAGGAGGAGGCGUGGCACCACUACGCCUUCACGUGGGCUGGGGGCUCCGAGCAACAGUGGGCUUUCUACGUGGACGGUGAGCGGAACACCGGCGGUUCUGAGGCCGGCGGAGGGCGGCUCAUUCCCGGCGGAGGGACGAUAGUCCUGGGCCAGGACCAGGAUGAGAUUCUUGGUGGAUUCGACAGUACAGAGUCAUUCAAGGGGAAACUCAGCAGGUUAAAUGUGUGGGACCACGUCCUUACCGAGGACCAGAUCUCAGUCAUGGCCCGACACUGCACGGAUGACUCCGGAAACGUCCGAGCCUGGCCGGAUUUCAGAGCAGCUGCUGAAGGCCUGGAAGUCAGACAGGGGUCAGCUUUCUGUGCUGGAAAGCCGUCUCUAGUCGGCGUGAACGAGUGUGAAUCUAAUCCAUGCCAGAACGGAGGGUCGUGUGUUGACCACAUCAACACCUUCACCUGUCUCUGUACACGAGGAUAUACUGGGAUAAACUGUGAAAAAGACCUCAACAAGUGUGGCCCAAACAACGCCCCAUGCGACCACACGUGUCAUGACACGGACUCCGGAUUCAAGUGCAGUUGUUACACCGGGUUUAAACGGUUUAAUGACAUCUACUGUAUAGAGGAAGAUGAAUGUGUUACAAGAAAUGGCGGCUGUGACCACAACUGCAUCAACACCCCCGGCUCACAUCUGUGCUCAUGUUACCCUGGAUAUGUCCUUGGUGCUGACCAGAAGUCAUGUGUAGAUGUGAAUGAAUGCGCUGGUAUUGAGCUGAGAGACGGUCAGCAGUUAGAAAAUGGCGGCUGUACCCACACCUGUGUGAACCUGGAGGGCGGCUAUGAAUGUACAUGUCCAACAGGACUCGUCUUGAGUGAAGACGGCAGAUCUUGUCAAGAUAUUGACGAAUGUGAGACUGGUGCGGCAGAUUGUUCUCACCUCUGCAUCAACACACUCGGGUCCUUCCAGUGUGCCUGUCACCCUGGGUAUAGUCUACUUCCUGAUGGCAAGAUGUGCCAAGCUGGUGGAGGAGGGCCAAGGACAGUUCGAGCAUGUGAACACAGCGGGGUCCCUGUGUCCCUGCAUUGCUCCUCGGGUACGAUCCACAUAACGGCCGCACUGUACGGUCGCAAACAGCACGGGCUCUGCUCGGGACCUGUGUAUACCACGGACUGUGAAAGCUCCACAAGCCUGUCGACUGUGAAGUCCAAAUGCGACGGACACAGCACCUGUUCUGUCCAGGCGUCAAACAGCUUGUUUGGAGAUCCCUGUCAAGGGACGGUGAAGUAUUUGGAGGUCACAUAUCAAUGCGAUCGCUCCUGUAGCAGGCUUCCUGAGGUUGAACACGGCACGUUUGAGGUGUCCUCAUCAGACAGUACAGUAGGACGUGUGGUGUGUAACGACGGGUACCGCGUACUGGGGAACCCCGUGCUUCGGUGUGACAUGACCGGCCACUGGGGAGGAGCGCUCCCGAGGUGUAUAGUGCUCGAUUGUGGAAAGCCGAAACAACUGAAGAACGGAGCUCGACUAGGAUCGGGCCAUUCCGUGAAGUACUACUGUAACAAGGGUUACCUCAUGGUGGCAGGGGACGGGGUAAGGGCCUGUCAGUCAAAUGGCGUGUGGAGCGGAGAACACCCCGUCUGUAAAAAGGACCCUUGCUUGCCCAGUCCAUGCGCCAGAGGCAAAUGUACCCGUGUCAACGUCAACCUUGGAACCUUUAACUGUAGCUGUCCCAGAGGAUGGACGGGUAAAACCUGUGAUGAAGAUAUCAAUGAAUGUCAUGAGGGACCAUGUGGACCGAGGCCAAACGGGUGCCAGAAUGCACCAGGAAGCUUCACGUGCCUGUGUGCUCAUGGGUAUGAGCCCAGAGGGAAAACCUGUGUUGAUGUAGAUGAAUGCAGGGGACAUCAUGACUGUGCCCACAUCUGUCAGAACACACAGGGAGGUUACCGAUGUGAAUGCUACGAGGACUUCACCAUAGAUAGCGACGGGACGAGCUGCUACGGCGAGUGGCCGAGGGGUACAUAUGGUCUGCCUAAGACAGACACAGGCUGUCCGGAGCCCGCAGGCGUGACAUGGAGAACAGGCGUCCGUGUCCAAGACACAGAGGACGACGACUCCAACAACAGGUGGUCGCCGGGGCUGCACUUUGACGGCAACUUCUGGAAGAACAACGUGCAUCAGAAAUUCUGCAUGAAAACGUCUUCUUGGGAAGGGUACGGGAACUGGCCCAGUGGUAGCUACUGUAUCUUCAAGAAGGGCGGUUGUCCAAGUGGUUUCCAAAGAGGUGAACUGUUCUGGGAUGAUGAAGACACUAUAAUCAACAAUAAAAACAGUCGGAGUGGCGAACUGCCUGAUGGGAAGUACGAUCAUAACACCCUCAUCCGGUACUGUUGCCGUAACGAUGGUAACGCCGACACCCCCGCCCCUCUACCCCACCACAAUCCCUUCUACCUCUUCCGCUACAAACAAGGGUGUCAGAAGGUGGCCGGGAUGAAUGUAAGGGAGGAAUACUUCCACUGGGAUGAUGAAGAUGACGAUAAUGCUAACCGCCGCCAGGGGGCGCAUCCGUACGACGACGGGGACAGCAGAAACCACAAGCUUCACUACUGUUACUAUUGGUGAUGGUCAUGAACGAAAAAACGCCAUUCUUUGCCCAUAGACGACGUUGCCUGUAGAGUUUAAGUGUUUCUUUCUGAUUGGUGGCUAUGAAUCAUAGUUUUAGGUUACUGUAGUUGAUAACUCGGAAAAUAGUGCUAUUAUAGCACAAUGACAAUGACAAUGAACUUUAUUGCAUGUUCACGCCCUACACGGGCCAAAUGCACUUAAGUUAAAUAACUUGGGUACAAGAAUAGAAGAAGCAAUUGUUACAUUCGUGUGCAAUUAUCUAUCUAUCAAUCAAGAUAAAACACG